AUGCCUGGCACUGGAGGGUCCUCAAGGGAGAAGGAUGGUUCGAUGACAGAAGGUCUCGAGUGCAGCAGCAUGUUCCGUCCUGAUACUGAUGGCGUUCCUACCCUGCUUAGCGUCUUGAUCGCUACCUUGAGGCCGGCUUGCUCCCAACCCAGAUGA